UAUGAUAUUUUCUAUUCUUAUAGAUAAUAGUAGUUUUUUUAAAAUAUGUUGUCAACAUGGCAAAAGAUAUGAGCUUUGGCAGUACCACGAAUAACAACAAAAACUCCAUGUCUCAAGAAACAUCUUUCGAUAUCUCUGAUCUAUAUCAAAACGAAGAUUCCAUUGAUCUUACUAAUUAUAUGACCUCGGCUAAUCUGGAACUUUGCGACGACGAUUUAUUUCAAUCUUUAUUUCCAUCUGGAAACGACACUGUUGUUAAAUCUGAAAAGCCAGAUCCCUACGAAUCUGAAUUAGGUGACUGGUGGACGGAACCAGGGUCAGCAUACUCGUCUGCUUGUUCCUCAGCUGCACCUUCUCCUGUUCAAUUUUUCAACACACCACCUGUAACUCCGCUGUCUGAUAAACUUCAACAAGAGUCAUCCCCGGAAACAAUUCGUCAACAGCAACUUUUCAACAAGAUAGAUUCUCUCAAUUCUCAAUGUCGCGGACAAUUAACACCAAUAACUCUUUGUGAAGAUCCUGGGAAUACAAUUGCAAAUGAAACAUUAGUUACAAUAAAAAAUGAGCCGGAUAGUACUCAAUUAAAUCGAGUCUAUUUUAUAAAAACCGAGAAAGAUCAAAACAACAACGAUUGUCAGAAAUCUUUAGCUCCAGAUUUAAUUCGAGUCCCAUCAAGGGACCAACUUACGGGGAUAAAUUAUGGUGAAACCGAAGAAAUAUAUAACACCAACGGAAAGAGAGCACUCACAACAGAUAUCAGUAAAUCGCCAAAGCCUAGCAAAAGGGCUAAGAAUCUUCCGAAAGAUAGUGAGGAAUACAAAGUUAAACGAGAAAGAAAUAAUGUUGCUGUCCGGAAGAGCAGAGAUAAGGCCAAAAUUAAAUCAAUGGAAACUCAACGGAAAGUGGCAGACCUAUCAAAUGAAAACAAGCGAUUGCAUGACCGUGUAAAUGAACUAACUCAUGAACUAAAUACAUUGAAAGGAAUUUUAAAAUCACUUCCGCAAUCUACGCAAAUUGCUAAUUAACUCUUGCUAUAGAUGACAGGCCUCAUUCUGCACUUACUGUUCCAGCUCUUGCUUGCUGAGCUCAACUGAUUUCUUCGCAUCAUGUUCCCUUGUAUAUUUAUGUUCCUUUCUUGACUAUACCAGUUAUAAAUUUCGUUACAAAUUAUGUUUUAAAGAUGCAGGCAUUUCAUCAAUUACUUAUAAUAAACCCUACUAAAAAAUAUUUGUUCCUCAGUGAAUUUUAAUGUUACAUUAGCUUUGCAUAAUUAUUCUCGGAUUCUUGUGUAAGCACAAAUUUUCAGGUUUGAUUCAAAUUUUGACAUUUUAAUCGCAUGAUUUUACAUGUAUCAUAGUUUGUGGGCUGUCAUAGCUGUACAUAUUAUGAAUUUAUUUGUGAUAUGCUUGUUUUAGCUUAUUUAGUGUUUUACUUAUCAAAUGAUAUGUAUUGUACAGUCUCAUAAUUUUGGUGAAGUUCUAGAAUCUAUCUAGCCUUGUUUGGCAGAUUCUGCAGCUUCUUUGUGCUUCUUUAUUAGCACUUGAGAUGAUUCUUGCGAUUAAUUUUCAGCUGGUAUAUAGAGAAGAUGUUAUUUAAAUGAGAGAUGCUGAAAAAUAAUGCUGUGAUUUUGCUUUGGCCUGUAAUGCUAGUUUUUGGUUUGGUUGUGAAACCAGAAUUGCUGUAAAAUGGA